GGCCAUGUUAUAGACAGCGCAAGAUUACUUCAUUAUUCCACAAGACAGGCUAACCACAAGGCGUGCCUGUUGCGAUACACAAUGUUCCGAUUUUCCACGACCUGAGUGGCUGUACCUAGGCACGAAUACGUCAGCAGAGGAACCUGAGCAGGGCUGCUGGGCACGCACACUAAAAUGGCCCUUCAUCGCGGUUCACCCGCCGCGCACACGCUGCUUUUGAACCAUGAGAUUGCCAGCGUUAUCACGGCGAUGCGGCACAAUGCCAAAUGGGCAAUGGUGCCGCGGUACUAUGAGGAGGACCGCAACGAGCCGAGUAAAUAUGAUGACGCUUUUCGGGCUCUGCGCUCGGAAAUAUUCAAGUUUCAGGACUGGCGGGAUGUGGACCCCAUGAUAUAUUUGUCGCCGUUCCUAAACUUGAUCAAAGCGUCGGACGUGAGCGGUCCUAUCACGGGGGCAGCAGCGGUUGCGCUUCAGCGCAUCCUCGAAAGCAACCUGCUGGCGCCGGGAACGCGGAACGUGGAGCAGGCCAUCAACCAGAUUGUGGAGGACGCGACGCAAUGCAAAUUCGAGUCCACGAACAACUCGUCGGACGAGAUCGUGCUGCUGAACAUCGUGCAGGUUCUGGGCCAGGCGGUGAACAGCGCGGCGGGCUGCUUCCUGACAGACGAGUCCAUCUGCAAAGCGGUGCAGGCGGCCUUCAUGCUGGGCGACCCCGUGAAGAAGCCGAAGGAGUACGGAGACAUCAUGGGGUACUACUCGAGGCAGACGUGCGGCGCCAUGAUCCGGACAGUCUUCAAAAACGUUGCCGAGCAGCUGUUAGCAGCGCAGGCGGCGGAGAUUAACCAGCAACCGGUGCCUGAGCCUACCUGCCGCUAUGGUGUGCGCGCGGCGGUCAACAUCCUGGAGUUCCUCAUCGACCUCAUCCAGAAGGGGCCGUCUCUUCAGGGCGCUACCAAGGAAACGGUGGAGGAGAUGGUGGUGUUCAGCCUGGACACAGUGCACGCUGUCAUCUGUGUGGCGGGUGGGGCGCUGGUGCUGGCGGAGCCGCUCGCGCGGCUGGUGCAGGUGGACCUGCUGUACUCCAUGUGCCAGGCAGUGGUCCAAUACAGCAGCGUGUCGGUGAUCACGGGCUUCUGCCAGACGCUGCUGGCAAUCAGCUCCUACCUGGGCCACGUGUCCAUGGCCCAGAUGGAGACGGUGCUGCAACGCGUGCUGCUUAAGCUGGCGGACGGCAAGGGCGUUCUGGCGCUGGAGCAGCAGGAGGCGGCGCUGGAAGGCCUGCUGGACUUGGUGCGCCAGCCGAACUUCGUGCACGACAUGUUCGUCAACUGCGACUGCCGGGUGGAGCGCGCAAACCUGUUCGAGGAGGUCUGCUCGCUGAUCUCCAAGACGGCGUUCCCGGUGUCCAAGACGUCGGUGGGGCCGCUGAACUUCAUCAGCCUGGAGGCGCUACUGGCGAUUCUCAACGCGCUCGCGCAGAGUGCGCGCAACGGCCAAGAGCUGCUGGCGGCUCCGUCGCCCGCAAAUGAGCUGCCCUUCUACGCCGACCUGUGGGGGCCGCUGGUGUCGGGCACGCACCCCGACCUGGGGGCCCUGGCCGAUGUGCUACUGGCGCCACACCCCUUCACGCACCACCACCAUCACCACCACCUGAACCACACCACCAGCCACGGGCACGGACACACGGCUAGCAGCAAGUCGCUGACAACGAGCGGCUCCGCGGCGCUGCAGGAGCCGGGAGCCGUGCUAAGCGCCGCGGAGGUGGCGGCGGCGGAGGCGCGGUCGGCGGGCAGUGCGACUGCGGGCGCGGGGCCAGGCUCAACUGCGUCCGGCCUGGCGACGGUGGGCAGCGGCCUGCCGCCGGGCAGUGGCGCGGGUGUGCGGGGGGUGCCGGUGACGGGCCCCCUGGAGCUGCGCUGUGCCAUGGCGGAGCGCUGCCUCAAGGCACGGAUAGGCUUGGCAGUGGAUCACUUCAACAAGGACUUCAAGAAGGGCUUCGUGGCCAUGCAGGCUGCCAAGCUACUUCCGGAGCAGCCGCCGCCUAGCACGGAUCCCGAGGCGGCGACCGCGGCUAAGAAGCUGCUGGCCACGCGGCUGGGCCACUUCCUACGCACUUGCCCCGGCCUCAACAAGACAACCAUCGGCGAGCUCCUGGGUGACCCUGACCCCUUCUACCUGGAGGUGCUGGAGGCAUACACGACUGGCUUUGAUUUCGCGCACCUCAAGUUCGACUCGGCGCUGCGCAUGUUCCUGGAGUCGUUCAAGCUGCCGGGCGAGGCCCAGAAGAUUGACCGCAUCAUUAACGCCUUUGGGCGGCACUACUACGCCGGCAACGAGGACGUGUUCCGCUGUGCCGACGCCGCUUACGUGCUGGCCUACUCCGUCAUCAUGCUCAACACCGACCAGCACAACAACCAGGUCAAGAACAAGAUGACUCUCGAGUCGUUCCAGCGCAACCUUCGCGGUGUCAACGACGGCACCGACUUUGACAAGCGCUUCCUGGAGGAGAUCUACUACUCCAUCGUGAAGACGCCUCUGCGCCUGUCGGAGCCGGCGUCUAUGGACGUGAGCGAGCAGUGCUUCCUGCAGCUGGCGCAGGUCAGCGGCACGCAGCGCGGCCUAGUGCUCCCCAGCGAGAGUGGCCGCCACCUAUUCGACACUACCAUGUUCCGGCUGAUCUGGGGCCCGGCGGUACACGCCAUGUGCGCCAUCGUGGACAAUUGCACCAACGAGGCUCUCAUUGGGUCGGCGCUGGAGGGCCUGCAGCUGGCCUGCCAGAUUGCGGCGGCGCACGAGCUGGAGGACGUGGCGGACUCCAUCAUCGUCAACCUGUCCAAGAUCCCGCUCCAGCAGCUGGCGCAGGUGCCGGCCUCCGCCCGCAGCGACGUGGUGUUUGGCCGCGACCCCCGGCUGCGAGCCGUUACGCGCACGCUGGCAGCGGUCAUCAACAAGCAUGGCGACUCGCUGCGCGGGGGCUGGGCCAACGUGAUGGACCUGGUGGUGCAGCUGUACCGGCGGGGCUUGCUGCCGGACAGCUUCUGCAGGGCGCUCAAUGGGGAUGGCGACGGUGGGCUGGUGGUGCGCGACGGCGAGUGCAGCUCGCUGCGCGCGCGGCGGCUGGCGCUGCAGCGGGCGGGCACCGCCAACAGCGGCACCUCAUCCAUCUUCAAGCACAUAUCCAGCUUCACGCAGAUCCUCUCGCUCAGCUCGGAACCCACUGGCAACGACCCGUCCGCUGGCCGCGGCAACACCAACAGCAUUGCGGCGGCAACGGCGGCCAUGGAGGCCGCCAACGCGCUCCUCAGUGAGCCGGAACGGGCGGCGGUGGUGGCGGCGGAGGAUUGCCUGACAAAGUGUGCCUUCGAGGACGCCUUCAUGGACAGCAAGUUCCUCAAACAGGAGUCGCUGGUGCAGCUGGUCCGCGCCAUCUGCGGCAGCGGUGGCCCCAUCCCGCGGCCGCCGUCCUCCUCUAUGCCGUGGGACGCCUCGGAGCUGUGCCUGGAGCUGCUGUUCACGGUGCUGCUGCGGAACCGGGACCGCAUCACGCUACUGUGGCCGCGCGCAUACGAGCACUUCGCGACGAUCUUCCAGCACAGCCGCGAGUGCGACACGGUGCUGGUGCAGAAGUCCAUCAUGGCGAUGAUGCGACUGUGCCAGCGCCUGCUGCCCUACAAGGCCGCCGACAUCAGCGAGCCGCUCAUGCGCGGCAUCCAGCUGCUCAGCCUGGUGGACGAACAGGUUGCCCACGACCUGGCCUCCACCAUCGCGGCGGAGAUCCAGUCGCUGCUGCAGGGCGCCGCCGCCUACAUCCACAACCAGCAGGCCUGGAUGUCCAUCUGUGCGCUCAUCAAGGUCAUCCACCUGGACCCCGCCUCCUACCCCGUGUGCCUGGACACCAUCACCUGGGUGGUGAAGGAAUCGCUGUCGAUGCUCAACUACCACACGGUGGUCUCCACGGCGGUUGACCUGCUGGAGCGCGCGGUGCCGGACCCGCGCCGCGGCGAGCGCCCGGGCCACCCGAACCACAUAAGCCAGGCCAUCCGCCUGGUUCAGAGCGCGGAGGAGUGGCUGGAGCUGUGGUGGAUCAGCAGCCAGUCCAAGCACUCCCCCGAGGCGCUGGAGCGGCUGGGCUUCCUGGCCUUCAAGGCCGACACCUGGCACCUGCUCAUCGGCUGGCUGUGCCGCCUUGCCAAGAACACCAGCGUGGAGGUGCGCACCGGCACCAUGUCGUGCCUGCAGCGCACCGUGGUGGCGGCAGAGCGGCUGGUGAUUCCGCCGCCGGGGCUGGCGCGCUCGCUGACGGAGCUGCUGCUGCCGCUGGGCCAUGACCUUGUCAAGCUCAUGCACAGCCGCGACAUGCCACAGUGCGACGUGACAGUGCGCGAGCUGGUGCGCGCGCUGUCCAAGAUGGUGCUGCUGUACCACACGCAACUAGAGAGCCUGGCCACGUUCGGCGCCAUCUGGCGGGGCAUUCUGGACGUGCUGGCCGCCGCCGCCGCCGCCAACCGGCAGCAGGGGGAGGUGCUGGCGGAGGCGCUGCCGGAAGCGCUCAAGAACAUGCUGCUGGUGCUGCACAGCAAGGGCAUGCUGGUGGAGGGCUGGAAGGACUCGGAGGGCGUGGACCUGUGGGAGUACACCUGGCGCCAGACGGCGCGGACAGCGCCGUCCAUCACUCCGCAGUCCAUUCGGUCAUAAGCAGAUUGGUGUGAGUACGCAUAUGUGUUACUUCGAGUAGUAAGGACUUUGCGAACGGUGACGGAGAGUGUGAUGGCGACAGGCAGGGACGACGGGUGCGAGCAGGCUGUUAACUCCAGCAUAGAUUCAUAGCUGGAGUGGCUUGAAGAGAGGACGGCGAGGUGGCGGGCCAAAUGCCGCAAGCGAUAGGCAUAGGCGAAAGGCGUGGAAGGCUUGAAAGGGCCAAGGCGUGACACCGCGCUCGGGAUUCAGACAUGUAUGGGGGCGGGCUCGGACAUGGAGGCGGACAAGCCGACGUCACGCUUGUUUGGAGAGCGCGGGUUGUAGGCAUACGUGUAAAUGGCAUGUUAA